AUGCGCCCACUUCGGCUACUACUUGCGUUGUCUUCAGGCUUCAUAGCCGUUACCCUUCUUCUCUAUGUAAUCUUAGUACCCUCGCAAGACGAGCAGUUCCGGAAGCAGUCGAACACACGCAAGCAUGGCAGCUUCAAGGCACUGCUGUCCUUCACCUCGCCAGGAUCGCUCUUCCCUCCCUCGGCGAUUAUCAGUCUGACUGACGACAACUCAACCUUCUUCCUCGCUCGGCCGGCUGCUUUUGGGCCAACACUGCCGGCUGACGGACUCAGUAGCGCGCUGUGGGUCGGCAGUGGCUUUGGGGACGACAGCUUGGGCAAGGGCGAGUUGGGCUGCGGCGACAGUCUCGACUGGGCCCGCCAUGUGGACCGCCUCACGCACGAACCGGCAUCAGCCACAAGAGACAACUCCAGAGAUACGCCAUCAGAGGGCAGCAUGGAUGACGAUAUUCAGUCGCUGCAAGAAAGUGCCGAAAUCGACGGCAAGGUAGUUCUUCUCAAGCGAGGGCAGUGCGGAUUUCUAGCCAAGGUACUCUGGGCCCAAAGACGCGGUGCAGUCGCCGUCAUUGUGGGCGACAACGUACGCGGUGGCGCCCUGAUCCGCAUGUACGCCCAAGACGAUACCUCCAAUGUCACCAUACCGUCUAUAUUCACGUCGCACACCACCGCGCACCUGCUUUCAUCCCUUCUGCCUGUAGAUGGCUCCCAAAAUCUACUGUCUGAAACCUCAGGAUCGCGUCGCAACGUGUCACCUGGAGGCGAAGAGUAUUCUCAGACACCCAGAGACAGCGGUGAACAAACUGCAUGGUGGGCGAAGUGGUUCGGAACCAGCACCGCUAAUGCGAGCCUUGAUAAGAUCAAAACUUCCUCGGGUCGCUCAGCACCUCACAAAGGCCUGUGGGUCACGCUCACGCCUACAAACGUCUCAACAAGCCCGUUUUUCGAUACCCUCCUAGUGCUUGUUUGCGACAUCCCCAAGAACACCGCUGCUACAUCAUUCAUCGGCCGAAAACAGCUCUCCUACGCCCUCAUCACACUCUGUCAGUGA